GACCCAGUCAGUUGCUGUUGGACUUUCGCGAGGAGCAAACGUGCCGUUGCUACCGUUUUCCCAAUCGAGCUACCGCAACCGCGAAGAAAGUACAUAAAAUCGUCUAUCCAUCGGUUAUAGCAGCUUUUCGCGUGGUUCCGGGGAGGUGCACUCUGGUAGCGAUUUGUUCGCUACCCUUUGGGAAGCCCAUCGGCUCGGCAUCGUGCCGCUCCAAACUAGACGUUUAUUUGAUUGCUGCUAGUUCGCUUCCUAAAGUGGAUCAGUGCUUUAGGUGUUCGUUAAUGUGCAUAGAUUCUGCAAGUUUGCGGAAAUGUGAUCCUUCAACGGUAGUGAUCGUGGACAGAGAGUUUUUUUUUCUGUUGUGUCGGGUGUAUUGGAAGGUUAUAUACCUUUGUGCUAGGUAUACAGUCUGUGAACAUUAAACACAUGUGCAGUGCAGUUUAAACUUUUUUUUUAACAAUAUUUAACCAGUUGCUCAUUCGGAUGUUAAUUCGUGAAAUUGAAUCUCAAGCACAGCUGAAAGGAAACUUAAUGGUGCAGUGAAAGUUGUGACUGACCUUGAGUGAGAGGUGUUUCUUGUUUGUGUCUACCGGAUAAACCACUAAAUAUUGUAAAAAGCGUUCCAGUUCCAGCUCUUUCCGAUUAAAUGUGAAGCACCUUGCUUGCUGAACGGGCAAGGCAAAACGCAAAUGGGUAGAAGGUGUGGCUACGUGAAUGCCAAUUUGUAACUCAAUCGGUCAGAUUAAACCGAUCGGAUGGCCAUAGAUAAACGGCACAAAGUGAACAACGGUCAAGUCAACUUUGAAUGGCACACGAACUGCGAAUAAUACGUAGAAGAUCGGUGUCCCACUUUGAUCUGUUGUGGAGAACUGAAUGUGGAACUAGUUAACGACUUUUUUGCCGAUUGAAUCGAGAAAACACGGCGUGCAAUCAGCAAAUCAACAUAAAUGGAUUAGCAGACGGUAGCCGAGUGAUUGUGUGACUUUAGUGUCGUCCUCCUACAUGCAAAUUGCAAACAUACUUGAUGCUCCGGAACCAUAUGUGGGUGAUAUGUGGCUAGUAGUGGUGUUAUAAAUUGUGCAAACAACAUUAAGUUACGAUAACUUCCUAGCUGGCUCGUCGUGUAAUCGCUGAACGUUGGACGGAAUUCCUGAUACAAUCGAUUGCUUGUAAAGUCAAACUGUUACGUGGAAGGCUGCAUGGUGUACUCCACGAGGCAAGCAUCUCCCAGCACCAAACCGUCGGCGUCCAUCGGAUCAGACUGAAAGCAAUAAUCGACUUCAACUAGAAAAUUUGAUGGCAUCGAAGCGUGUAAGCAUAUCCCGGAGCACUGACGCUGCUGGUCGGAAGCGAAACAACACGCUUGGGUGUGGAGCAUAGGCGGCACGCCGAGACUCGGGUAUCUGGUGCCUGCCAGAGUAGCGUGUGCCAACGAAGAAAGCAGGAAAAGCCAAAAUGGAGUGAAAUUACGUCGAGCAAAACAAACGAUGCAAAAGUUCCCGCAUUCAAUCAGUGCGGUAAUGAGAUUAUUCGAGACUUGACAGAAGAUCUUCAAGUCGAGCAGCUUUUCGGUGCUAACUAGCUGGCGGUAGACCUCAGAAUUAUUUGUAGAUCAUAAAUUUGAAGUGAUUCAAUAGCGAACCAACGGAGUGGAACACGUAAUAGGUUAUGGAUGUGGCGAAGAAAUACCUCAGUUAGCGAUGAGCCUAGUCAGAAUUGUGAAUUAUCUGAAACUGAAAAUCACUCAUCGCUCUUCGUGGCUAGGGCCGUCAAGAUAGAAUAAUUUAAUCGAAAUUUGUACCGGCUGGGUAGACAAUUGGUGAUCAGAUCAAGAUGGGAAACGUGAUAAGUAGUGGGAACGAAUCAACGCUUCCCCGAAGCCAAACGCAGUGCUAUAGUGAAUGUAACGGAAAACGGUUUUGUUACGACCAUGGGGCUACCAAUACGGGCUCCAGAAGUAACCGACAGAACACACAACAACAGCAGCAGCAGCAACAAAAUCCGGAAAACUCCAGAAUGUUGUUUUUGCUGUACUUAAUUCACCGGACCUGGAAUGUUGUAGUUGAUAGCGUCGAUCAAAAAGGCAAAAAGUCUCGCACCACAACCUCGGAAGACUCUGGAGCACCACGCAGCAACUACGAUGAAGCUUUCGAUACCGACGUAAACUUUACCGACCUGGAUGACGAUUCGAGCUUGUACGGUUCCCAAUACUCGUUCUGCAACUGUAGCUACUGCGAGGAGGAAGCCGACCGUAACCACUUCGACAAUGUGAGGGGCAACCGUUUCUCGUUUUGCGAUAGUGACAUAUCGUACUGCUCCUACCAGAUGGCACCGAGUGCCGGGAAAAGUCCUCCCGGAGGCACACAGAUAGGUCCUCCGGAUGUGAACGAAAUGACUCUCGGCUGGAAUUCUAACAUCAAGCAAGAGAACCAGCGUCCACCAGUAUUCAAUCCAGAGGACUAUGUAAUAUCACUGAAAAAGUACGGCCGACGGGGUACCAAUGGGAACUUCAAGUCCAUCUACGACACAACAUCCGGAGAAGAACCGAAGCUCGAAAAGCAACAGCAACUUCCUGACAACCGAUCUCACACGUUGCCACACAAAAACUCAGAGUACAGAUCACCCAUACCAGCACCCCCGGAAAUGGACAGUGAAAUGACACUGCGUCAGUUUGGCUCCGUAACAGAUCUGCUUACUAAAUUGAGAGCAGAUUUGCGUGCGUCUUUUCCCAGCUUUGUCCAAGAAUUUGUAUCCAGCCCGUUAGAUGGGGUCAGUUUACUGUUGGAAGUUCUCCGCGCCGUCCAACUGAGCCAAAGCAUGCCGAUUAAUGGUACCACCACUAUGCCAGCACCCGGAUCGAUGCCACGAACCAAUCAAUCAUACCAACGACGAGCCCUCCUUGAUGAACUUGCUUGCUUACAAUGUUUGAGUAUUUGCUGUACCAGAAGUCCUGAGGCUGGGGCUAGACUAGGAACUACUCCUAUUGGACUGCUGCCAUUGGCCGCUGCUGCAACUGGAACUGGUAUUCGAUCAAGGAUCGUGGCCCUUCAACUCUUGACGAUUGCUUGCGAUAAGUCCGCUCUUGGUGACGGAACUCAACGUAGUCAACAGCAAGGACAUACCGCUGUAUCGGAAGCUCUAUCAACACUGCGUCUUCGUUGCGCUGAGCCGGUUCGGUUUAGGUUGCUAGUAGGGAUGCUGAACAGUGGAGGUGGAUCUGGGGAACUGCAGGCAGUGGGUAUGAAAUUUGUAAACACUUUCUUGGAAAGCGCAGAAAGUGUGCAGGUUCGUCUUUACCUGCAAGCGGAACUUUAUCAGGCGGGAUUAGACCCAGCGCAAAUGUGCAAAGUUAUAUCAUCCACUUCACCAUGGUUAGAGCGACUCAGGGUGGAGGUGAAACGAUGGGAUGCCAUUCGUAUCGACAUCGAGCAGCUUCAAUGUCAAGCACGAUCGGCUGAACAAGUCCGCAGCCGAUUAGUCAUUCUCGAACGUAGAGUACAAAUUCUGCAUGAGGAGAAGACUGUUUUGACUACAAUGGAAAGGAGGCUUCAGGAACGAUGUGCUGAAUUGCAACGGGAAGUGCUCAGACUGAAGGGAACUCAUAGCCAGGAAGCAUCCAAUAGCUCGAGUUUGGAGAAACGACCGGUUGCACUGCCUCGACAAGUUCCACCGCAGGCAAAGAGAAAUACCUCUGAGAACGACGACGAAGGCAUAAGCAGUUCUGAAACUGGGCAAUCAUCUACCCCAGAACCUCCUCGUGUAUUCCCCACACAAGACGGGUCAACCACAAAUUCUCACAAGUUCAGUAUAGCUCUGAAUCAAGAAAAUGAAGUUCAGCCACAAGAUGUGAACAAUACCGAUGAUGAUACGAAUGCUACUAUUGAAGAUGUUAUUGAAGAAUUGCAAAACAUUGUCAAUGACGCAGAACGAGAAAUAUCUGAUCAAAACGAAGUGCUCUUUCAUCAAUUGGAUGAUAUGACUGAAAAGACUCUCUAUAGCUUAGAGAUAAACACAGAAAAUGAAAUCGUACCUGUUAAUCUUCUACCUCACCCGCCGCGAAAGUCCCGUUCAUUAGCACAUCUCAUUUCAACCCCUUCGGAUGGAGAAUCCGGAUAUGAUCUCCUUUUGGCGAACAACGACAACAAAAUGGACUUUUUCGAAGUAGAGGGCACUGGAAAGUCACAAAAGAAGCCUUACGCAGAUGAAACAUUUUAUCCCUCCGAAAUAACGCAAGAUCCAUCCCGACCUGAUGUUAUCCAUACAGCAACCGAGUCACAAGCUCUGCACAAAAGUCGUGCUUCGACCAAAGAUUCGAAUCGAGCCAUACUGAACGUGAUCAUGGAUGCGCGUGACAAAGAAACCCGUAUGCUGCGUGCGCAAUCUCUGGAACGGGAGGUUCCACAAAACCCCCCGCCACAGCAGUUCAACGGGGUGUUCUUCAUGACAGAUAUGAACAGCGCUGGAAAGUAUCCAAAGCCAGACAUUACCGCGGCGUUGGAGGCGAAAAAAGUGACCAAGAAUCUCGAUCGGAUGGGUGCUUACGGAGUAGACUCCAUGAUUGACAUCGUUAUGUCCAGCGAGCAAAAGGGAAAAUUAAAUGUACUUCAGAAGAUUCGAGUAAAUCAUCAACACCCCAUUGGCAGUGGCGGCACAAAUGGAAUCGCCGUUGGCGCGAAAAUGAGUACUGGCAAUAAUAAUUUUAAGUUACGAUCAACAAACGGGCCCCAGAUGCACUACCCAGGAAAUGGUUUACUGUUAAGGGAAAAUAGUCGUAGCCAAACAAAUUUGGGCUCUAAGGUAACUGAUCUUCCAUCUGGAUUGUACUGAUUUAUAGCAACAUCUGAAAGGAAUGAAAACGUUUUAAAAUAAUUUCUGUGCAAUAUUUAUUCUUUUACUGUGUAGAGUUUUAGCUAUAUUUUAACUCGUUCUUGCAGUUGAAUGAAAAUCCAAUUUCUGCACUUACAUUUUUGUUGUAUCAAACAAUCGUUUCGUGUAAAGUUUCCCUGUCCUGUUAGGCAUUAGAUGGUGAUGGACUAUUCUGACUAUCAUUAUAUUCUGAGGGAUGCUACUUCAUAAAACCGUGUUACAAUUCCAUAACUAAGAUGGUUAAACUAGUUAUUAAGAUGUGUAUUUUUUUUUACAGACAAAUGAAAUUGCUUAAUAAACAUAUUUUGCGAGUA